AUGAAUACCGCGCUGUCGGUCAAAUGGUAUUGUCUGGAACAUGCAGAUCCUACCGGCCCGAUUCCUUCCAUCCGCUCAAUCUACAUUGACCGAGGCGAGUGUCUUGCCCAACCUAUUGGCGCCACAAUCAACAACGGUACUCGACCAGGCCAACUCGUUGCCAGCUCCGCCAUGGGUUUGACCAUCUUCGACUUGUUUCGCGAAAUUAUGUCGGAGAAAGAUUUGAAGUAUUUCCUCCUGAGUCACGGAAUAACGGAUCAUUUUGAUGGAAACUCGUUGGCGCUGCGUUCUAUGCUCUUGUUGAUGGAUUUAUCCGGCAUUUUGCGGCUCGAUUUGACGGAGAAAAAUGCGGAAGAAGACGCAAUCGAAGAGGUCGUAAAUGAAGACGCACAUGCGGUGCUGAUGGAAGAAGACAUCAAGCAGGAAUUCAUCUCUAAUUCAGAUGGCGAGGCGAGCAGCCACACCUUUGACUCGUCCGCAAUCUCCGACGACAUAUCAAAUGAAAACUUGCAUUCCACGACGAUAGGCAAGCUUUUCCGACAAUGCAAAGCGUCACGAUGCGGUUGCAAUACUGUGUUCCCGACGAUCAAGGAUAAAAGAGACCAUUAUAUCAAGAACGGUACGUUCCCUUGCAAGCGUUGUGAUUAUAAGGCUUGGAGCGAGAAGAAUCUUCGCGAUCAUCGCCAAACUGAGCACCGAGUCAUCGUCGAAACUCCAACUCGCUAUCCCUGUCGAUUGAGCAAGACUGGCUGCUACGAUGUCUUCCAAACCGCGCGAGAUCGAAACGAGCACGAAGAAAUGGUAAAACACUAUCAAUGCGAGCCCUGUGGCCUUCGUUUUCACAAGCUGACAGAAAGAAACGCACACCAGAAAAACGACGUUGACUGUAAAUCCUACAUCUGCCCAUUUUGCGAUAAAGUGUGGCCACUUGAACAGCGCGGCGACCGCCAAAAAAUGAAAACGCACAUGUUGAGCUGCGAGAAUCCGCGGAAUUUCGUGUGCGAUGUCUGCGGACAAGGCUACAAUACAAAGCGCCAUUUAAAAGCGCACAUGCAACUUCACACUGAAGAGGGCCAAAAGCGCCGCGAAGAGACCCACGCCAAGCUUCUAGCACAUGGUGAACUUCGGCGGAAAAAUCCAAGACGAUUUCCCUGCACGAUGUGCGAUAGAAAUUAUACUACGAAUCAAAAGCUUCGAUUUCACAUGACGAGCGCCCACGGCAUCGGAGAGAAGCUGGAAUGCCCACUCUGUCCACGAAAACUGAUGACACCGAACAACCUCUCCGGCCAUUUGAAAACCGUCCAUGGUCGCGAAAAAGUCACGAACAAAUGCUUCCUCUGCCACACGGAACAUCCCACCAAAGUAAAGGCCAUCGCGUGCGAAGUGGCGCACAGAAAGGCGCACGCAGAUGGAAAUGUCGAAGGUUUUCUUGACCCAAACGACUUUUCGUAUCCGGCAAUCAACCCCGAAACCGGCGAAAUCGAAAAUGUUCAAGUCAGUGGCAGCGAACUCGGCGAAAAUUCAGCGCUCUACUAG